CAACACUACGACUUCGUAUUAGCAGCAGCUCAAGUUUUAAUCCGGCCCAGUAUGGCAGUCAACGCCGCUGUUGGGUCUAACGACGCCGCCGACAGCAACGCGGAUUCUAUCGCGCUGAGCGAUAUAGACUUUUCUGAUGUGGACCUCGACCAUGCGGUGGAAAGUUCGAAUGAUUCCGCCUUCGAGCUCGAAGAUGAAGUAGAAGGAAUAUCGACGACUGCAAACGAAGAAGUGGCUUCGCAGCGACCAUACAGACGUGAAGCCACCUUCGACUCGUUUUCGGCAGCAUACAGGGCGAUGGUCGACAGAAGCAAUGAUGUCUAUACCUACGAAACUCGAUACGAGAGCGAUCGACUACUGACUAGGGUAUAUCGUUGCCGUUCGCACAUUAAUUGUGGGGUUCGCUUCAAAAUCAAAACUGCGGCUGAACCCGAAGCCCCAACACAGUAUUAUCUCGAACGAACCGGAAGUCACGGAUCACAGCCAGCUACGGUCACCCGUCGAGGAAUUCACCCCCAACUUCUAGACGAAGUGGACGCGUUGCUGGACAUGGGUUGGGGAGCUAAGCAGCUCCGAUCUAUGCUAAAUCAUCGAUACCACGACGAACCAAGAUCCCCUCGCAUGGUACCGAGCUGCAAACAGCUUGAGAAUCGCAAAGCAUUUCUUGUUCGUAGCUCCGCUAAUGGUUGGGAUAUCUCAAACCAUGUAACUUUUACUGCCUGGGCAAGUCAGAGAGUGUGUGAUACUCGUGAAAAGUUCAUGGCCGUAGACGACCCGAACGAUAGACGGAUGGAUGAAAUGAUAGUGCUUGACACAUUCAUCUUCGAUGGUCAAGCUCCUGAUGAGGGUACUUCAUUUGUAAGAGAUCAAGGUGAUUCUCUCGUCUGUGCAACUGAUGGAACUUAUAAACUACACUUUGGAGGGUGGACUGUGGUUGACUGUGGCUCCGUCGGAUUAACGUGGUCCAAAGGCAAGUACGUUCACAGGUUUAUUCCGUGGGUGUAUAUGUUCGUCAGGACGGACUCUGUCGUUUCUAGGAGUGGAAGUACAAGUUGCCUUUGGAAGUCUCGACCAUUUAGAAGCUAUUGCGUCUGCUUUUUGUGA